GUAAGCUUUCUAAAGACAAUUCAACAGAUACAAGCAAACAAUAACACACUUGAAAAACAAAAUAGGUCGGUACAAAAUGUAACAAAUCUAUACAUUGUUUUACAAAAACAACUGGAGAAACUGAAUAAUAGUGUGGUUAAUGUAUCACUCGAUGUUCAAACUUUGUCUCAAAGGUUAAAUAAAAGUGAAAUUUUAACAAAAACCAUGCAAGAUUUCAAAACAGAUUUACUAAAUUUAACUAAUGAAAUGUUAAAAAAUAGCACAGUGAUAUUGGAACAACGUCAAAAUAUAAGCAUUCAACAAUUGUGGGAAAGCUACAAAAACCUGUCAGAGACACAGUCAAAGACACUAAAGGAUUUCAAAUCAGCUGUAUCACUACUAAACAAUACUGACAUUGAUAUACAUGCCCGUACGGAGAAGAUGAACAACACCAUUCAAAACCUGAUUACUAAAUCAGAUCAAAUUAGUUUUCUAGUCGGUAGAGUUCAUGGAUUUAACGGGAGCGAAUACUUAAAAUGUGCCAACAUGAACGAUCGUGUUUUAUCGGACAUGACAGAGGCUGGAGUAGAUGCCAAAAGAACAUUGUGUGAUACAAAGACUGACGGUGGUGGAUGGAUUAUUAUACAGAGACGUAUCAAAGGUGAUGUGAACUUUACAAGAACUUGGAACGAUUAUAAAAAUGGAUUUGGUUCAACAUCUGGAGACUUUUGGAUCGGAAAUGACGUCAUUUCUCACUUGACAGAUUCGGGUUAUAAUGAACUCAGAUUUGACAUGAAGUAUAAAGGUAAAGACUACUACGCUGUGUACAGAGGUUUUAAGGUACAAAAUGAAGCAGCAAAGUAUAGGAUGAACUACCCGUCAUUCAGUGGUGGGAAUGUUGAAGACAAGUUUAGUUAUCACAACGGCAUGAAGUUUACAACCAUUGACUCUGAUAACGAUGAGUGGUCAGGAAGAAACUGUGCUGUAGACGACAGUGGAGGUGGUUGGUGGUAUAGGUUUUGUCACUGGGUUAACGUCAACGGUGAAUGGGCGAGUCGUGUUCGUGAGAGAGGAAUUAAUUGGUAUACAAUUACAGGCUUUACUGACUCUCUAGACUUUGUUGAGAUGAAACUUCGUCGAUUGUAAACAACCCGAAAACAAUGCUAUGGUAAAAUAAUGGAUAUACAGUAAUCAAAUUAUUUAUAUAAUCUUCAGGAACAUAAACAUUUCAUAUAUUAAAAUACAUAGAUGUAAACAUUUAAAUAUGGCCAUAUUUUCUUGAUGGUGAUUAUACAUAAGUAGUUUAAAAUUAACGAACAUUAAACCAAACAUUCUUUUAAAAAAUGGUUUUAAAAACUACAACAGAGUUUGUUUUGCUAUUAUGAUGUAAUAAAGCCAUGUAUACACUCACCUAUAAUUGAAAUUCCUCAUAGAUUGACUGUGUGUGUGUUAGCCAUUAAAACAGGGAAAAAAAACUGACAUAUUCAUAACUAGACUAGUAAUGUAGUUGUCAUCUACCACUAUAUCUUUAAUUAGACAUUCACUCGGAUCGUGUGUAGUUCAACUCUAAUAACGUGUGUAAUGUUUGCGCAAUUUU